AUGUGGCUCUUUAUUUUUCCUUUGGUUCUUUUCUAUAGAGGUGCUGAAGGUCGUCUUUGUAGCUUUAGCUGUACCAAUGCCACAAUAAAAAAAUUCAAAGAUGCAUUGGCAAAGUAUGGCGCAGAUUGUUGCAGCCUCGCACCAGUCAAAGGGCUUGAGGAGAAAGAGCUACUUGCGCUAGCAGCUAACAAGGACCUAUCUUUUGCGUACACACCAAAAACAGAAGAACCAGUACCUGUUGUUGCCUUACAAGAAGAUAUGGUGAUAAAAACAAACCGAACAUUUUCAUCUCAUCCAAUUACAUUUCACCCCUUAUUGCUUCCACUUCCGCUUCCCCUCACGUCAGCUUCACAUAAGGCCAAAUACGACUCAAAAGAAGUGAAGCUUGUUCAGAAAAAAGAAGUAGAACUGGACUUGUUAAGAAAAUGGGCAUUGGAUGAUCUACUCAGACCAUAUAAAAAGUAG